AUGGCGAGUGGUAGUCGUUACUCGUCAUAUAACUGUUUGACAUCGUGGGAUUCAUAUGAUAAAAUACCGAGAGUCCGUGUGGAAUACUAUGUUAAUGAAAAUACAUUCAAAGAAAGACUGCAACUAUACUUCAUUAAGAAUCAGAGAUCAAGUUUACGAAUACGUAUAGCUGAUUUAUUUUUUAAAUUAUUAGCUUGUGUUUUGUAUAUUUUACGUGUGAUAACGGAUACAAAUCCAACAUAUGCCACAUGUUAUGGCUGUAAUGUUAGUAAUAAAACAGAAUUUUUAGCUUCAGCAGAAUUAACUGAAGAGGAAUUUCAAGAGAAUCCCAUUAUCAAUUGGGAGGCGAUAUUGUGGGUAAAUCGUGCCACUGUCUUAUGGGCUGUUCAAUUAAUUUUAGCAUUAGUUUCACUAACAGAAGCCGUUCUUUUAACAUAUCUUGGCUAUAAGUGUACAUAG